CACUUGAUAUCCUUCGACAAGAAGGACGACCACCGUACUGACCGGCUUUGGUGGAAAACAGGGCCAUGCGCAUACAUGUGCUCGGCGUCGGGUCCAUAGGCAGUCUCGUAGCUCAUCACCUCCGCACCCAAUUCCCUCGCCUGCCUCUGUCGCUCAUCCUCUCUCGUCGAGGAUUGCCAGAGGCCAAAGAUAUCGACACGGACACGAGCUCGGACUCGACGCCCACAUCAGACUUUCAGAUUCAGGUCGAGCGAGACGGUCAGACUCAGGUCUCUCGCCGCUAUACUACCGAGUACACCGGACCGGGUCUUCAGAAGGCUCACGAAGAAGUAGCCCGCCAGGGUUCAUAUCAGGUCGGCAGGUUUCAACUUCCUCGGCUACGGUACAAGCAGCAACAAGCUCUCCGCGUACUCUCUACCCCCUUGACGCCGGACGACCCGAUAGAGAGCUUGAUCGUCACCUUGAAAUGCCCGGAUACCGUGCCGGCGCUGGGGUUACUCAAACACCGCAUCAACAAGGAUACAUGCAUCACGCUCUUGCAAAAUGGGAUGGGAGUGUAUGACGAGCUCAUCAGCCGGAUAUGGCCCGAGGGGACCGAGGAAAGUCACAAGCGACCGAGGUUCAUCUUGGGGAGCACGACGCAUGGGGUUAAGACGGGGUUGUUCGACAAGACCGCGUUGAGGGAGAGGGAUCGGAACAAGGGGAGGAAGAUCGUCCAUACGGGGUUUGGAGGUGUCACUUUUGGCGUGGUACCGGACCGUAGAUCACAGGUGGAUGAGGAAAGGGUGUUGUUCCCCUCGAUGUACGAGCAGGGUUCAGCGUCGUCGUCCCUCUCGAGUCCUUACGAGACCAUCCUCACUCCACCACCUUCUCCCGCCCUUCCGAUUCCGGACCUCGCCCACCCCAACCUCACAGCCACUCUCUCGCACCUUCUCUCCCUCUCCGCCCUCUCUCCUCAGGUCCUCCCCUUCCACCUCAUGCAUCAGACGCUUCUCCUAAAACUCGCCGUGAACGGGGUGAUCAAUCCGUUGACGGCGCUUUUCGAGGUGAAGAACGGAAGCGUGACAGAAAAGGGGGAGAUGAGGCGGUUGGUCAAGGGGCUCUGUGAGGAGAAUUCGGGGAUCGUCCUGGGGCAUCUCAGAGGGCUUGCGGGGGGGUCUGCGGGGAUGACGACACCACCGUCGAUAUUAGGGUCGUCGUCGACAUCAACAAAAACGUCGAAUUUAUCAUCAACAGUCGAUCCUUCCGCCACCGAAACCCCAGCCGAACCCGACCUUCAUCCUCCAAUCCUCUCUCCCGAGAUCGCAGCCCUCUUCAGCCCCACUUCCCUCACCCAGAGGACGCUCGAAGUGGCGAGAUCGACGAGGGAGAACGUGUCUAGCAUGCGAAGUCAUUUGAAACUCGCCAACGGGAAGGGAGUCACCGAGGUGGAUUACAUCAAUGGGUACCUGGUCAAGCUCGGACGGGAGCAGGGUUCGGCGCAUUCGAAAACGGAUUCGAGCGGUGGCAGCCCGUCGACGACGAUGAACCAGACGCUGCUCAUGAUGAUCAAGGUCGCCGAAAGUCAGGCUCUUUCACGCUCCACCUCGCAACAGGAGAGGCGAGAGAGGUGGAAACGACAACAGGCGGCGCUUGCUGGCAAAAAGGCGGACAAGAUCCAGGCCAAGAUGGAACAAGACCAAGGCGUAUCUGACGGCCCGAUAGAGGGAUCAGAACAAGGACAACCAGCAGUACAGGGAGAGACAUUGGCGGCGCAACCGAUCCCCUUGUCGGCAAACGCACGAAGAAGAGAGGAGUAUGCUAGAAAAAGGUUGCUCGCGCAGCAGGAUCGAAAGUUGAAGAGGUUGGGGAAAGAAACGGCACAGGUCCAGCGGGAGGCGCAGGUGCAGUCGCAAGGGGAGACGACGAGAGUAGAUGGAGAGCACGAGGAAGGAAGGCCGAAGACGAAUACGGCGGAACGGGAAUCGGCUAGAGCAAUGUCGACUGAGGAGGCGGAUUCGACAUCGGCUGACAGCACGAUCUCAACGGCAAAGGUGUCGGAAUUGAAUAUGCCGGACGCAUCAGGUUCGGACUCGACCGAGGCAUCGAAUACGAUACCAACACAGUCAACAAAAUCGAGUUCGGAGACGGGACACAUCAUGAAUCGAUGAGCGACGGAAAGAUGGAGCGAGGAGAGGGAACGACUCAAUCUGUACCUUGGUUGUAUAUCGGGCUGCAAUUACAGCAUAGAAUCAUGAAGAACUACCAAGCCUGCGAAGUUGCGAUCAGAUCGUGUCACCUCGAUUCCUUUCGGUAGAAGAUAAGGUUUGGGGGCGACAUACUAGUAUGACGCGCGCGCGAUCCGGUUGAUCCG